AUGAGCUGCCAUCCUUGCCAUCCCAGUUGUGCCAGCUGCACUUCCAGUAAUGCCUCCAGCUGUUUAACUUGUUCAUCCCCUGCCAAUUGUCUUUGGCUGGAAGAUAUUGAAGGGAAUGCUGAUUCGAAUAGCGAAAUUGACAGCGAUAGCGACGUAGAAGCUGAAAGUGAGUCUGGAGGGUUAUGUGGAGUUCAUGGAUGCUUAACCCAAUCGGCAUCUGAGACCGGUAACCUUGAGCUCUCUAUUCAUGGCUCAUGCAUCCCCUGCUGUCCAUCCUAUCGUAUUUUCGAUACGCAUCAGCCCGUCGACUGCAUGUUUUGCCUCUCUGGGCAGACCACUUGCCUCACCUGGAAGGAUGUAGACGGUGGGGAGCUGAGCUCACCAACAUCCGUAAACGACGACAAAGGGCCUCACGACUUACCCCUUGGCGGCCCCGGUACCGGCAUCAGAUCCGGUCGGCUUCAUCGGCUCAUUGAUUGGCUUUCAGCACGACCUUCUCGCCUUGCUCUGCUCAUCGUUUCCGGUAUCUUUGCUCUUUUGGCCUUCCUUUUCAUCUCCCUUCAUCUCUACCUGGCUAAUCGUUUGCGCAAUUGCCUUCCGCGAUCUGGCCAUAGGAGUGGGGUCAAUGCCGUUAGCAACAGUGGCCAAAGUGGUGGACAAGAAUCAAUCGAGCUUCAGCACAGCCCUGUUCGGCGCUUGCGGAGCCACUGCCUAAGCCAAUACAGCCUGGACCUUGAUAAACGGCGAUCACGUGUUGGGAAAGCUAUCCCUGUUACAAGCGAGCUCGCUCCAACAUCUCUUGCUCAGGCAUUUUCCGGUGACUCUGAGGCUGCCGCUAGUAGUACAAGUAUCAAUCUUUCAAAGAGUCACAAGGCAUGGCGUCAUAUUUCCCCUCGAUGCAUCAAUCUUUUUCAUUCUUCCUCACUUUCUUGCGAUCAGAAACUUGUACCCAAUGCUGCAACAGUUGAGGCUGCUGCGAUUGCUACUUCAGGUUACGUAGUCUCUGGGCCUCGUGAAUCUGUAUUAUCGCAGCCGACCAGUGAUAGUGAAGAGAAUGAAUCGAUGUCAGGCGGUCGUGACGCUAUUAACAAUUGGGGGGGCAGCGGUGGUAAUAUAGGUUCACUUGCAGCGACUAGACACUGGAAGGUCCUUCCUGACAGCCGGCAUCCACAAGUUGUAUACAUGCCGGCUGAUCAGAAGACCUUUUCAGAGGAGGACGAAGAAGACGAAGAAGAAGAUAUCGCUAUUCGGAGGCCCCUAAAUACGUCCGGAACUUGA